UGGAUAAUAGAUACUCAGCUGCUCAGUUGCUUAUAUACAGUGGUCGCCGAUCUGCCGAUUUCCGCCGUUCCUAUCUCCGAUUUCGGCGGUACGGGCGCUCGUUCAGCCGGUUUCCGGCGAGAAGCAAUGAUCUCUCUCCAAUGUAUCGUUAAACCCUCACCGGUGUACUGCCGCCCCAGAAAACCCCCCAAAACCCCGCCCCCAAUCCAGUCCGUCCUCCAGUACAACCGCAAGCCGGAGCUCGCCGGAGAGACGCCGCGAGUGGUGGUAAUCACCUCCGGUAAAGGCGGCGUGGGGAAAACCACGACCACCGCCAACAUCGGCCUCUCCCUCGCCCGAUUCGGCUUUUCCGCCGUCGCAAUCGACGCCGACGUCGGUCUCCGCAACCUCGACCUCCUCCUCGGCCUCGAAAACCGCGUCAACUACACCGUCGUCGAAGUCCUCAACGGCGAUUGCCGCCUCGACCAGGCGCUGGUUCGCGACAAACGGUGGACAAAUUUCGAGCUCCUCUGCAUCUCCAAGCCUCGUUCGAAGCUUCCCCUAGGGUUUGGCGGAAAAGCCCUAAUUUGGCUCGUCGAAGCCCUAAAAAGUCGAGAAGAAGGCGCGCCUGAUUUCAUCCUAAUCGAUUGUCCGGCGGGGAUCGACGCCGGGUUUAUCACGGCCAUAACGCCGGCGAACGAGGCGGUUCUGGUGACGACGCCGGACAUCACGAGCCUCCGCGACGCCGACAGAGUGACGGGGCUGUUGGAAUGCGACGGAAUUAGGGAUAUUAAGAUGAUAGUGAACAGAGUUCGAACAGACAUGAUCAAAGGCGAGGACAUGAUGUCUGUGUUGGAUGUGCAGGAAAUGCUAGGGCUGCCAUUGUUGGGAGUGAUUCCGGAGGACUCAGAGGUGAUCAGAAGCACAAACAGAGGGUAUCCAUUGGUUCUAAACAAGCCUCCGGCAUUGGCGGGAUUGGCGUUCGAGCAGGCCGCGUGGAGGCUUGCCGAGCAGGAUAGUAUGAAGGCAGUGAUGAUGGAGGAGGAGCCGAAGAAACGGGGCUUCUUUUCGUUCUUUGGAGGGUAGAAUUUUCGGUGGAAGAGCUCCUUUUUUGUAUAGCUGGAAUGUGGAAGAGGUAAUGCCACGCCAUUGUUUUCCUUGCUUUGAUUCUUGGAUGCUUUUUUAUCUUGAGAUGGUGGUAGAGUUAUUUAUCGAUUUUGUUUACGUUUUAGGUGCUCUUUUAGUUGUGAAGAAUAUACAUUUUGAUUGCGAUAUCUUCGUAUAGAUUACUCUUUUAGUUAACGUUGUGAUGGUUGAUUUUUUGUGAGAAGGGGUUGAAUUUUCGUAUGAUUAAGACUAGUAUUGAUCAAUCCACGAUUGUUGCUUA